ACAUGCACGCACGCAUGGAACGCACGGACUCAGACUCCGACCUAUACACCGCGAUCCAUCGCUCGGGUUCUCCGCUGCCUUCACAUGCAUCCCCCGCCGACACCGCGCAGCGUCGGCUGCGCCAAGAUGAGCGGUCGUCCCGGUGCCAUCUGAACCCCCUCUACGCCUGACUGACCCGGAACCGGAGAGAGAGAGAGCGAGAGAGAGAAAGAGAGAGAGAGAGAGAGAGAGAGAGAGACACACACAUACACAGAACGAGAGAGAGAGAUAGAGAGAGAGAGAGACACACACACACACGCACACACACACACACAGAAAGAGAGCUAGAGAGAGAGAGAGAGAGAGAAACCAUCUUCUCUCACAACCCAUCUUCCGUUUCGUUUUGGAAGAGACCGCAGCGCAAGUCGUUUCUUUCGGCAUCUUUUCUCUUUUUUUCACCCUCCUUCUCCUCCUCCUCCUCCUCCUCCUCCCGUUCUUACUGCAUCCCCCCAUCCGUUAUUGUCGGUCUCCCGGUUGAAAGGAGAACGCGGAGAGCUCGGUCGUGAUUUUUUUGUGGAAAUACAUUUUGGCAUUCAUCUUUCUUUCCUUUUAUUUCCUGCUGAGUGUUGGUAGCGCGCAGUUGGUGCGCGCUUCUGCAAAUUCCGGUGAAUGGUGGAUUUGGCAAACAUGGAGACCGUGGAGAAGGAAUGCGGGGCCCUCGGGGGUCUAUUCCAGGCGAUCGUCAACGACAUGAAGUGCUCCUAUCCUGUGUGGGAGGACUUCACUGCCAAGGCCACCAAGCUGCAUUCCCAGCUCCGAACCACUGUUCUGGCUGCUGUGGCCUUUCUGGAUGCCUUUCAGAAGGUGGCAGACAUGGCUACCAACACCAGAGGGGCCACCAGAGACAUCGGUUCAGCUCUGACCAGGAUGUGCAUGAGGCAUCGCAGCAUUGAGGCCAAACUUCGCCAGUUCACCAAUGCCCUGAUGGAGAGUCUGAUCACUCCUCUCCAGGACAAGAUUGAGGACUGGAAGAAGACCGCCAACCAGCUGGAUAAGGAUCAUGCCAAAGAGUACAAGAGGUCCCGCCACGAGAUCAAGAAGAAGUCCUCUGACACCAUGAAACUACAGAAGAAGGCUCGCAAAGAGAUCCAGGGGCGAGUGGACCUGCAGCCCCAGCUGGACAGCGCCAUGCAGGAUGUGACGGACCUGUGUCUGCUGAUGGAGGAGACGGAGAAGCAGGCGGUGCGCCGGGCCCUCGUGGAGGAGAGGGGUCGCUUCUGCACCGUCAUCGGCUUCCUGCAGCCCGUUGUGAAAGGAGAGAUCGCCAUGCUGGGAGAGAUCACCCACCUCCAGGCCAUCAUUGAUGACCUCACUGUGCUGACGACCGAUCCUCACAAACUGCCCCCAGCUAGUGAACAGGUGAUUAAGGAUCUGAAGGGGUCCGAUUACAGCUGGUCCUAUCAGACGCCUCCUUCGUCCCCGAGCAGCUCCGGCUCCCGCAAGAGCAGCAUGUGCAGCAGUGUCAACAGCGCCCACAGUAGCGCCUCCCGUUCAUCAGGGGGAGGCGGCGGCAUCGGUGUUGGUGUAGGUGGUGGAGGCUCGGGGCCCCACUCACCCACCUCAUCCUCCUCCUCCUCCUCCUAUCGCUACCGCAGCAGCCUGCCGCACCAGCCUCUGCCACCGGGGGGCAUCGCCGCCCACCGCCUCAGCAGCGUCUCCUCCCACGAUUCGGGCUUUGUGUCCCAGGAUGCGAACAUCUACUCCAAGCCGCCCUCGCCCAUGCCCUCGGACAUCACUAGCCAGAAGUCAUCCAGCUCGGCAUCGUCAGAGGCCUCAGAAACUUGCCAGUCAGUCAGUGAAUGCAGCUCCCCCACCACCGAUUGGUCCAAAGCAGGUCAGUACGAGCAGCCGGUGGCCGCGGCGGCCGUCCAGAGGAGGAAGGAACCGCUCGAUAGGCUGAGGGAGAACGAGAUGUCGCCGAGCUCCCAGGGAUAUGCCGGGCCGUCGCACCCCGAUGACGCGCAGAGACACAGGAUGACCCCGGCUAACAUCGCUGCCAAGCACGGAGAGGAGGUGUCUCCAGCCGCCAGUGACCUGGCCAUGGUGCUGACCAGAGGACUGAGUAUGGAGCAGCAGAAGAGCAACAGAGACUCCCUGCAGUACUCCAGUGGCUACAGCACAGAGACCACAACCCCCUCCUGCUCUGAGGACACCAUUCCUUCGCAAGGUUCAGAUUAUGACUGCUACUCAGUGAACGGUGAUGCUGAAGGACCAGAUGGACAGACAGAGUUUGACAAGUCCUCCACCAUUCCUCGACACUCUAACAUCGCCCAGAACUACCGCCGCAUGAUCCAGACCAAGAGGCCGGCGAGCACAGCCGGCCUACCCAGCGGGGUUCUUGGUCCUGGGGGUCAUGGGAUACCAGGACAACCCGGCGGACCUGGCGGAGGUGGAGCAGGUACUCCAGGCACCGCCACCAUCCGCCGAACCCCAUCUACCAAACCGGGCGUGAGGCGCACGCUGUCCAGUGCGGGGCCUAUCCCCAUCCGACCACCCAUCGUGCCCGUCAAGACACCCACAGUUCCCGGAGACUCGCAUUCACUUGGCGCAGCUGGUGGGGGGUACGCAGGUGGGGGGCACUCGGGUGGCGUGCCUGUGCGCGUGGGCAGUGAGGAGUGCGUGUUCUUCACCGGAGUCGAUGACGGGCAGGGAGCUCUCGAUUAUGUGAAGGCCUCACCGAAGCGCCUCAGCCUGCCGAACACCGCCUGGGGGUCGGGGGCGGCGCUGGAGGUCUACGCCCAGCAGCACGGAGGCCUUGCGAUGGGAGCGGGCUCGGCGGCCGGAUCAGAGGAGGAUCAGAUGAUCGCGGCCAAUCGCCACAGCCUAGUGGAGAAGAUCGGCGAGUUGGUAGCCAGCGCCCACGCCCUCGGAGAGGGGCAGUUUCCUUUCCCCGCCCUCCCCGAUGACCCGGCCCUGCCGCCAACCGGCCCCACCAACGCUUUGUCAGGGACGGAGGGGGCGAAAGGUUCCGGUGACAUGUUGACCACCAUCAGGAGAGGAGUCCGCCUCCGCAAGACCGUCUCCAAUGACCGCUCGGCGCCGCGCAUUUUGUGAUUGGAGGAGAAGCAACGAGAGGAUGAUACUUGUCAGCCAAUAGGGAGUCAGGUGUUGGUGUGGUGCAACCCAACCGCCUAGUACAUACACAGACACUUAACUACGUAGGGAAAGCUAUAAUAUAACAGAAGAUGAAUGAAAACAAACACAAAAAAUAAGUUUAAAGACACCAUUAGAGUAAAUGAUAUAUAAUAUAAUGAUAAUAUUAACAUUAAUAAUGUUAACUCAUGCUGACAAUUACAAGUGAAAUACUGAAUAUUGACAGGCUCCUAGCAGGCCACUAUAACUAGUGUGUGUUGGAUGCAUGUUUGUCUUCUCUACACCUUGACCCAGGGACGAAAAGACUCGCAGGAAAAACAGAUAUGAUUAAAAAAAGGAAAAAAGGCAAAAGAAAGAGAGAAAGACUGGGUUUCCGUUUGUCGACUUACACCUUACCCCAUCCUCUUCUCCAACUAACCCGGCUGUCUAAUCCCAGAUGAAAGACUGAAGGAGGGCCCUGUGGGGGGCGAGAGAGAGAGGGGGGUCAGAGUGCCGUGUGACCAGCUGGAUUAGAACCCUGGCUGUCUCAGCAGCAACAUACUGUACUUAUUAGUCCACUGAACUGACGCUUUGGUAUUAGCACGGGGAGCUAACAAGCCAGAGGGCUCCUCUGGUUCAGUCUAAUGUAAAAAAAAAGAGAAAAAUACUGUUGGCAUUGAACCGUGCUAGUGCCCCCUUCCCCUCUGUGUGUGUGCGUGUGUGUGUGUGUGUGUACUGUGUGCGGAGAUUCAUGUGU